AUGGAUAUUGAAUCAACCCCUGAACGUGUUCGUAAUAAAACACACAGACUUGAAGAAGGUAUUUUAAAAUAUAUUCAGAAUUGUACUCAACAUGUUAAGAAAUCAGCUGAAAAUCGUAUUAAAUUAGCCAAAGUUCAAAUGGAUGAAUUUAAAGUAUUAGAAGAUUUCGAACAAAUAGCCACUCCAGCUCAAUCGAAUCUUCAUAUCAUCUUAAAACCAAAAGUAAAAGCUUUGGCAACAAAAAAUUAA